AUGAACUGUCAAAUAUCACAAUGCCGUCCUAUGGAAUAUCAACUCAGGGGUGAAAAUCAAGUGAUUAACAUAACUUCCCCGUAUUAUCCUGGAUUUUAUGCUACAGGCACAAAUUGUCGUUACCGCAUAACUGCUCCUCCGGAUCAUGUAGUUGUCCUGAGUUGUCGUUAUGAACUCUUUCCCAACAUCUGUGAUAGCGAAUCAUUUUUUAUAUCCUUGGAUGGUGAUUUUCAAUUUCGUGACGCCGAACGAUAUUGCAGUUCGUCUCAAAUGACACGAGUUUCUCAUUUUCGUUCGUUGUCAAUAGCCUAUUAUUCAUCUCUUGCUGGCACGAUGGUACGCGGACGUUUCUUUUGUCAUGCUUUUGCACAGCAGCAGGCAUGCGAUUGCGGAUGGUCACCAGAUUUGAGGGUAACCAAUGGUCAGGAAAGUUUGAAACAUGAAUUUCCUUCCGUAGUGGCUUUGAGAGAUUUGUACGCUUCGCAAAGAUUAUUUUGUGGCGGCAGUAUAAUAAGCCAUCGUCAUAUAGUGACCGCUGCUCAUUGUGUGGAAAAGCGCAGAAACCUUUCCAACAUAAUAGCUUAUGUAGGCUAUCAUGAUUUAAUGAACGAUAACGAGUCAUUGUACGCGAAUCAAUACGGGAUACAGAGCAUAAUUGUUCAUCCCGGUUACACUACAGCAUCGACGGGGAGGGGUAAUGAUAUCGCUCUACUUGUAACUUCAAAGCCUAUAGAAUGGUCAAGAGGAGUUGGACCGAUAUGUCUACCAUGGCUGCAACGGAACGAACUCUUUCCUUAUGUAACCGUUGACGUAAUUGGCUGGGGUACCACAUCGUUCGCUGGCUCGAAAUCCAAUGUGCUACAGAAAGUCCAAUUGAUGAUUUUAGAAAAUCAUAUAUGUCAACAGCAAUACAAUCAUAGCAUAAUGUCUUCACAAAUAUGUACGUUCGAUUAUCGGGGUCUAGGACAAGAUUCAUGUCAAUAUGAUUCGGGAGGACCACUAAUUUAUAGACAAGCUUAUCAUAUGUUAUUGGGUGUGGUAAGUUAUGGGCAAAGUUGCGGUCUACGUUAUGCAGUCGGCGUGAAUACGAGAAUUACAACUCAUUUGAGUUGGUUAUGGGCAUACACCCAAGAUGACGUAUGUGUAAAGCGAAAGUAA